ACUACCUUUGCCAGCCAGCAGCAGCCCUACCGCCUCCUGCUGUGGGAGAGAAAAGUUUGCUGCCGCGUGUCUCCCCUUUCUCGGCGACUCAAGUCCCGAGUGGGCCGCGGCGGCCUCGGAACAGACCUAGAGGGAGGCAGUCUGCACGACCGCUAGAACCUGGCCAUGGAGCCCGGGGAGACGGGGAAGGUUUCUGUGACCUUUGAUGACAUCACACUGAACCUGCUGCGGGAGGAAUGGAUGCUGCUGAGUCCGCCCCUGAAGGACUUUUCUGCUUCCGACAAGUUGACAGUACCUCUAGGAAAAACACAAGUGAACUGCGUGGAUGUGCAGGAUUCCACCCGAGAGAAAGAACUGUACCUACCACCUCAAAAGAAAGCUUGCCUUGCCCACUUCGGCGCAGAGAAUAGUAGUAUCGAGGAAGACUGGACAGGAAGAAACAAGAGCCUCCCAAAGCCCUGUUCUAUCCAGAAGUUGUGGUUCACCCGGUUUCCGUGGUUGGUCAUGAAUGAGGAACAGACGGUUCUGUUUUGUGCUGUCUGCCGAGAAUACCCAUCAGUCAGGGAUAGAAGGUCAAGAUUACUAGAAGGCUACACAGGACCAUUCAAGGUGGAAACUCUCAAAUACCAUGCCAGGAGCAAGGCCCAUCUGUUCUGUGUCAAUGCCCUGGCCGCCAAGGACCCCAUCUGGGCAGCCCACCUUCAGAAUCUCAGGGAGAGUUCUGCAGAUAUCCGGGCCAGCCCUGAAUACCUCUUCACCACAGACUAUCCCACCUUCUACCCUCCAGGGCCCCUGGGAGACUUUGAUGGCCUACCUGAGCUCCAGUCAAGCCCAGGAACUGAACUAGAGGACCCUCCAGGGAGUGGAGCCGUCCCUGCUUUGCAUCUAGACUGCAUGUCAGAUUUGAGGCAAAAGGAAACUGGCAGUGACAUCCUCAGUCCCUCAAAUAGCAGCACUUUAUAUAAAGACACAAUUGAAUUCUGCAGCCAGGAGCCUCCUGACAGUGAGCAGCUAAAGGCGUCCAGGGCCCUCGAGGAGCUCCCUGCAGCGUUUGAGGACGUGGCGGUGUACUUCACUCGGGAGGAGUGGGGCCUGCUGGACAGGCAGCAGAAGGAGCUCUACAGAGAUGUGAUGCGAAUGAACUAUGAGCUGCUGGCGUCCCUGGAGCCAGCUGAUGCCAAGCCAGAUUUGAUCACAAAACUGAAACGGAGAUCCACACCCUGGAUCAAGGACCCCAAUGGGCUACAGUCAGGGAGAAGUCGCUCCCUAGGGAAAAAGAAGUCUGUGGCAGUGAGAGAAGCCGACAUCCAAACCCAGGCCUCAGCUGCAGAUCCCACCUCACUUCCAGCCUCCGUGGAGACAUGUCCCUCUCACUGUCCUUCCAGCUCGUGUGGAGGAAAAGUGGGCGGACCUGGGAGAGUCAAGAGGACGUACAGGCCCCGUUCCAUUCAGAGGUCAUGGUUUGGGCAGUUCCCCUGGUUAGUACUGGACUCCAAGGAGACCAAGCUGUUCUGCUCUGUUUGCAGAGAGAGACCAACAAUCCACGACAAGUCAUCUCGUUUGGUCCAGGGUUACACUGGGCCUUUUAAAGUGGAAACUCUGAGAUACCAUGAGGUCAGUAAGGCACACAAACUGUGUGUCAACACCGUGGAGGUCGGAGGUGACAGCCCUCAGCCUACCCUCACUCCGGAGAUCUCCAGUGACCUCGUGGCCAACAUGGAGCACCUCUUCAAUGCCGCCUACUCCAUCGCCUACCACUCCAGGCCUCUGAAUGACUUCGGGAAGGUCUUGCAACUCCUCCACAACACCGGCACCGCGCUAUUGGGCAAGUACCGGAAUCGCACUGCCUGCACACAGUUCAUCAAGUAUAUCUCUGAGACCCUGAAGAAGGAGAUCCUCAGAGAUAUUCGGAGCUCCCCGUGUGUGAGCCUGCUGUUGGACAGCUGCUCGGACUGCUCCGACCAGGCCUGUGUGGGGAUCUACAUGCGCUACUUGAAGCAGGCGGAGGUGAAGGAGUCCUACAUCACCCUGGCCCCUCUCCCCAGUGAGACGGUAGAUGGGUACUUCGAGACCAUCAUUGCUGCCCUGGAUGAGCUGGAUAUCCCUUUCCGGAAGCCUGGCUGGGUGGUGGGCCUGGGGACUGAUGGGUCUGCCACGCUGAGCCACAAGGGAGGCCUCGUGGGAAAGCUCCAGGAGAUCAUCCCUCAGCUGCUGCCUGUGCCCAGUGUCACCCACCAGCUGCCUGUGGCCGUGCUGGACGCUUGUGGGAGUGUCCCUCUGGUGAGGAGGUGUGAUCGGCACAUCCGGACUGUCUUCAAGUUUUAUCAGUCCUCCAGCAAGAGGCUCAGUGAGCUUGGGCGCAGCGCCGGUCCCCUGGAGCAGGAGAUCGUCUGUCUGAAGGACUUGACUGCUGUCAGGUGGGUGGCCAGCCAAAGGCACACUCUGGACAUGCUCAUCGGGAGCUGGCCCGCCCUGGUCAGGCACCUUCAGAGUGUGGCGGAGGCUGGGGGCCAGACUGGCCAGAGAGCCAAGGGCAUGCUGAAGCAGAUAAAGGGCUUCCAUUUCAUCAAGUUCUGUCACUUCCUUCUGGAUUUCCUGAGCAUCUACGGGCCUCUGUCUGAGGUCUGCCGGAAGGAGCUAGCGCUGGUGACGGAAGUGAAUUCUACCCUGGAGCAUGCCUAUGUGGCCUUGGAGAGUCUUCGCCAGCAGGCGGGGCCUAAAGAAGAAGAGUUCAAUGCCAGCUUCCAGGACGGGCAGUUCCAUGGCAUCUUCCUGGACAGAGUGGAGAUGGCAGAGCUGUGGUUCCAGGCAGACAGGGAGAGAACGAUCCUGACUGGGAUCCAGUAUCUCCAGCAGAGGUUUGAUGCAGACCGCCCCGCACUGCUCAAGAACAUGGAGGUGUUAGACACCACAGCCUGGCCCCAAGGGGUUGAACUGGCCUGCUUUGGGAAUGGUGACAUUCUCAGCCUUGCCAGGCAUUUUGAACUCUCCCUCCCCAUGGGGUACAGUGAGGAAGCACUGCUGGAGGAGUGGCUGAGCUUGAAGGCAGCUACCCAGAACCUUCCAUUCUCUGUGCUGUGUAAGAAUGCCCUGACUCAGCACUGCCGAUUCCCUCUCCUGAGCAAGCUCCUGGCUGUGGUGGUCAGCGUGCCCACCUCCACUUCCUGCUGUGAACGAGGAUUCAAGGCCAUGCACAGGAUCAGAACCGAGGAGAGGACCAAGCUCUCCAGCGAGGUGCUCAAUACGCUCAUGCUGACGGCUGUGAAUGGUGUGGCAGUGGCCGAGUAUGACCCCCAGCCAGCCAUCCAGCACUGGUACCUGACCUCUUCGGGACGACGCUUCAGCUACAACUAUGCCUAUGCCCAGGCGCCUGCCCGCUCCCAUGCCAAUACAGGGCUCAGGAAGAAGGAUAUUCCUCUCUGUAAGGAGGAAUCCAUGGUCCAGAAGACAUCCGUCACAUUAUAUGGGGAGCCAUGAGGCUCAGAAGGAUCGCAUACAAACCUGGACCCUAUACCAUCUCAAAAGCCUUGUGGUUCUGAAGAGCGGCCUAGACACAGCUUUGGGGAACCCUUGAUCAUGGAGAGAGACUCUCUGAAGAUCCUAAACUGUCCUGGUUGGAUACUUCAUGGGCCCAGAAUGUGGACAGGAACAAAGGGUUGAAGGGGACAAGGCCUUCAAGGUGCCACGGUGACUCUCAGUGCAAAAGCAUGCCUGAGAGGCACUUACCUCAAGUCUGUUUUUUCCAAGGAAUCCUGCCGUGAGAGGGUUCACCCCAUACCUUCUGGUGGCAGAGAGUGGGGCUGACGGGAGAGGAGAAGCCCAGCUCUCCGCAUCCCUGGCGUGAAUAGGAGGUUGCCUCUGGGGAAGGCCACUUUGGUGUGGAAAUGACUGUGGUCCAGAGACCUUGGCCUGCUGCAGGAGCCCCAAGGAUUGGCCUUUCUGGACCACUGCAGAGGCUCAUGUAGUAGAAUCCAGGAGACCCUACCCCUCAAGGGCUGCCUUUGACACACACCAGCACCUGUCACCACAGCUCCUGCACAGUGAGACACGCUCCCUCUGAAGGAACCCGGUGUUCCCUCCCCACCUCUCAACCCUUGGAAGUUUCCUGUGGAGUACACAAGAGGUGGGAGGUGGGAGAUGUGGAAUCCCGGCCAACCUUUCUGCAGAUAAUGUUUAAUCCCUUCCUCUUCUGUGCCUCAGUUCACUCCUCAUGUGGUUGCCACAAAGAAUCCAAGCACCUGUUGGCUCCCUGUAGCUGUAGCAGUCGUCAGCGGGAACCUCAAAGUCCCGAGAGAAGGACUUGUCUAGAGCACUGAGCUGCUCUUGUCCUUAGCAGUAAAGGCAUCUGCUUUGCCACAGGAGGUAGAAGCGCUGUCCACAGGACAGGUACACCCAUCCUUCUGCAGAAUGCCCUGCAGACUGCUUCAAACGCAAGCCCCAGGGCUUGUCAAAUGUGCCUCAUUCUGGACGAGUAGAACCCUACUCCCGACACCAGUUCAGUAGCUGUGUCUUCCCCAGCACCUUUAUGGGUAUCCUCUGGCUUUAAAGCCACCCCCCCCCCACACACACAGAAGGACCUCCAGUAAAACUGUGGGCCCUCUCACAUUUUCCCUUCUAUUGUGAAUUCUAGGGCAGCCUGGCUUUGCAGGCUCAGUGGUUGCCUGUUUGGUUAGGAUGAUCUGUCUAGGUUCUGUCUUUUAGCUCCAGGUUGGAGAAUUGCCAAAUGGAUGGGCUCCUUGCCUCUGUCUCCUGCUCGUUUUACAAAGACAGGAGCCUUGCUUGUUGCCUGUCUACUGCAGGCCCUGUUCUGUGUCAUAGGCACACAGCCUCUGACCAUGCCACCCGCCCACUCCUUUCAGCAGCUGCUGCACCCAGCGCUUCAGCACUAGCCAACCCCAUGGCUCUCAGCCUCAGCACUAAGCCUUGGUGUUUUUCCCACUCCAGAACCACCUCCCCAUCCAACCUGGGGGCUUGGGGAAAAGGGGCAGGCAGGCCUUUGGCUCCAGGUCAAGGAGGUGGCCAGGGCAGUGUUUUCAGAGUCCAGGGAUUUGCCAGGCCAGGGUUGAAGGAAAGGUCUCCAUCCACAUGGUUCACUUUUUCUAUAACACCUUUCCUUUGACCACCCCUCAGCGAGACGCCAGUCCUGUCAGUGAUGGAGACAUACUCCCUGGAGUGAGGUGGCUACCCUGUCCUCUCCAUACCAGCACCCCAAGGUCACCUCCUGAUGUUUUCUUCAGAUAGAACAGGGGUCUCCUUGGAGCAGGGUCUUUCUAGAGUAAGUCUACCCAGAAACAUUAGGUGGCCACCAUGCAAAGAACAGGCUACUAGCUUAGGUCUUUGCCUUACUCAGGUUUUCUGACCAGAGAAGGUCCUUCCCAGUGCCCCCUUGUCAGCUGAAGACAAAGAAACGAUAUUCUUGCAUAGUCCCUCAAAGGGGACGCAUGGUGAGCAUGCCCACCUUGCAGCCUUUGCCCAGGCUGCUCCUGUUUUGCUCUUAGGGAUGGCUGCAUUUCUCUGGGAACUCUGGGUUUUGUCUCAGGGGAAAACAAGUGAAAGGGUGUUGUGAGGAAGAGGAAGCACUGCCCAUUUGGUCUCAGCCCUGGCCUUCUUCCUUGCCUUUUCCCACGCUUAACACUCCCACCCCACCUGUCUGUCUGUCCCUAGGUAAAGGAGGCUGGCCUUGAACUCCUAGAGAUCCCCGUGCCUCUGCCUCCCAGAGCUGGGAUUCAAGGUGUGCACCACCUCCCCUGCCCCUGCCUGUUCCCUUGCCAGCAUCUGUCUGGCGCUUAUCCCUCCCCGCCCUGAUAACUGGUGCUCACUGGGACUGCUGUGCCAAGCAGCCAGCAUUGUACUCAGCACUCUGAUUUCAGUAGCCAUAGAGAUUCAGGCAGUGAGGAAGCUCAGCCCUGGCCAGCUGAACACAGGAGACUGUAGCCACCUCAGACCUUGUACCACAAAGGGCAAGUCCCUAGCGUGCUAAGUGUGGUCAGGGCUGUAGAGGUCACCAGUUCCCCCAGAUGGGCAUCUGUGUAGCCAGGAACAGGGUGACUGGUCUGGGAUUCUCUGGGCUCCUGGUUUCAAGAAGGUGCAAAUUAGGUUUAAAAAAAAAAAAAAACCCUUGUUCAAGACUUAACUUCUAUUAUUU